AUGCGUAUCAUGGGCCUCCGGGGCACGGGCACCACCAUCAAGCCGCUGAACGAGGAGGCGGCCGCCGAGCUGGGCGCCGAGCUGCUGGGCGAGGCCACCAUCUUCCUUCUGGGCGGCGGCUGCCUGGUGCUGGAGUACUGGCGCCACCAGCGGUCCCUGCGCAAGAAGCGGCUGGAGCGCAAGGUCGCCUGGGCCAGCAUGCGGGACGAGGUGGACCACCUGUCCAUGGUGCUCGAGGCGCUGGAGGAGCAGGUGCAGGCCCUGCCCUCGGCCAGCGCCCUGGAGGAGCUGCGGGCCCAGCUGCGGGAGGUGCAGGCGCAGCUCUGCACCCAGGACCAGGACCAGGACCAGGACCAGGACGGGCCGCCCAAAUCGCCCUCCCCUCCCGCCCCGUAA